UUGCUUGCAAUCGUCCUCAUUCCUCAUCAACGACAUUAGAAAAUGGCAGGACACCAUCACCCAAAACCACCCGGUCUCGGGUUUACGGCCCCUCGUGUACGCGGAGUAUGGGCUACGAAGCUCAUGAUGGCUCCCGUAUGGUUCUUUGUUUACUACCGAAUGUACCACGAUGGACCUCACCACUUUCUUCACAAACACUCUUGGGAGGAGCCAAAGAACAUUGCAUAUCUCGAAGAGCUCGAUAAGAAGUACGGCACAAACUAUGCGACCGCAAAUAUGCACCACCACUAAAUCGACGGAGGCGAGGGCUGUAAUAUAGAGACGGAUGCGAUGGUGUCUAAUAAACAAAUAUGCUUUACUUGCUGCUGUGUGGAUCAAUAUUUAGGCAUCUAUGAGGGUGGCCUGGCACGAUUCGGCGUAUGCUUAAAAUUUCCAUUGAAGAGCGUCUUGCCAAGGCAUUGCUCGCGACUGAUAGUCUAACUUAGAUGCUCCUCAUUAUCGAUGUAUCAGUUCUACUCUCUUCGUUCUAAGAUCCGGAUUUAGUCUGUCCCA